AUGACGACAACAACGUCAACAUACUCUUCGCCAAUACUGUCCUCCUUCCCGCUGGACGCCCUCACAACAACUUUCACCCCGCCAGCAUCAUGUAGCGGGGUAUAUAGUUCCGGAGGCGUCGCCGUCAUCGACGCGGACCUAGCCUGCCUCCCCCAGGGUUUUACCUCGCUAUCAACAAACUACUUCUCCCCGGGUAUACAAUGUCCAGCCGGCUACGUGACAGCAUGCAACGACAACGCGGGCGUGAGCUCCAUCACGACGGUGACGUGCUGCCCGUACCGGGGCGAUAUAACCCUGGGCUGCGUGACGCCCAGCACUUUGGGUGGCGUGUGGGAGACUCUCUUCUGCACCUGGAUCGCGCCCGAGUCAGGCACCACAGUGAGCAUCACACUUGAGGAGGGCGGGACGACCUCAACGACGGCGGUGAGCAUGACCUCGCCCGGUGGGAUUAAUGCCCUCGGCGUCAGGAUGGUCUACCAGAGCUCCGACCGCGGCCGCGUCGGGGACGUCCACGGCGACAUCCACCGGCCCAACAAACACGGGCACGGCGCCGGCCUUUCCACGGGCGUGACCGUCGCCAUCGCGGUCAUCAUACCCCUGGUAGUCAUCGCCGUCGCGGCGGGGCUGUUCUUCUUCAUACGCAAGCGGAAGCAAGCGCAACAGGGGCAGAAGCCGGGCGAGGGGGCAGCGGGACUGCCGCACGACUACAGCAAGACCGGGUACAGCGCCGUGGCCCCUGGAGCAGGUGGUUACAGCCCGGCUCCGCCUUCGGAGGUGUCUGGCGUCGGGGCCUACGGCGUGAGGAACCAGCAGCAGGAGCUGGUAGAGCUGGGACAGCAGGAAGCGCCGGUGGAGUUGCCUGCUCAGCACUAUCGAGACUAUCGGUAA